UCUAACCCAUUUCCGACUGUGCAUAACUGAACUUUCAGAAUUCUUUUGAUAGAAUGUUCAUAACAAUAGAACAAUUUGGAGCAUUCAAAUGUUACGAAAAACACACUAACAAAACAGAAAAUUCCGAAACAGUAUAAGCUCAAACUGUAACUUCUUAUUAAAAAAGAACAUGAAGAACCUUAGCAUAAAAUACUGGUACAUUUAACUAAGCCAAUUAAUAAUCAUAUAGAAAAACCAAACAAUGAAAUCCUGAAACGAUGAAAUUUUGUAUACCCCUAGUUCUAAUAAUGAAACUAUCAACUCGGCCAAUCGGGCGAGUCAAGCCUAGAAUCCGCAAUCCGGAUUCCUCGAAUUCGACCGAUUUUCCACUUGACGGUUUUCAAGCAGAAUCCCCAAGUUCAGACGUUUGGUGUGAUGUAGAGACAUCUUGUGUGAAGAUUUGUUAUCGACCAUGGGGGUAAUUUAUGGUUACUUGGCACUUGGCAGUGACAUUCACUAAUAAUAAACGGUUUAGCCUAUACGGAAAAAGCGUAAUAUUUAUAAUUUAUAUGACUAAACAGCUUUUCUUGUGGAAUAUUUAGAAUGAAAUUGACAAUUUCGUGAUUAAUCCGCGAUUCUUGCUUAUAAUCAGUCGGACAUUUAUACAUACGAAAUUGAGUUAACACAUUUUGUUGGGAUUGCUGCAGAGAUUUAAUUUCUUUGCAUUCAGAAAAAUAAUUAAGAGCUUGAAAUUAAUUGAAAAAAUUUUAAUGUGAAAAAGAAUGUCUAAUAGGCCUAGGAUUAGGAUUUUAGGAAUCGUCGAACGAGUUCAUUCGCAGCCGGCCAUGGAUCGAAGUUCUAAUAACCAUCACAGGUGUCGCUGAAGUUGGUACAGAAAAGCCAUUCUCAGUCAGGGGCGUUAGUGGGACAGAAAUCUUUUUUAGAAAGAGAGAGACACGCUGCUAUAUCUAGUAGGCUAUGCCCAGAAUGACGUCAAAAAGCGUCCAUACUGCUAAAUGUUAGACGUUAGAGGCUCCUCCAUUGUACUGUCAAACUUUCAAUCCUAAUCGAAAUCAAAAUGUCUGCUGCACCUGGAUCAGAAGUUGGAGCUGAUGGUCAAGCUCCAGUUGUUGGUGGAGCAAGGAAUCCUCAACAAAUGGCUGCCCAAAAAAGACUCCAACAAACUCAAGCACAAGUGGAUGAGGUUGUUGGAAUCAUGCGAGUCAAUGUUGAGAAAGUGUUGGAGAGAGACCAAAAACUUUCAGAGCUAGAUGACAGAGCAGAUGCUUUGCAACAAGGAGCUUCACAGUUUGAACAACAAGCUGGAAAAUUGAAAAGGAAGUUUUGGUGGAAGAAUUUGAAGAUGAUGAUUGUAAUGGGUGUAAUUGGACUGAUAAUCCUAAUCAUCAUAAUAGUUUGGGCCACUGCCGGUUCUAGUAAUAACAGCAUCACAGACUCGACGACAAAUUCACCUUAAGCAAUUUGGCGACGUUUCUUGUUUUGAGUUUGCGCAUUCAUCAUCCUUCUGUUGAUGAGCUUUACUUUUUCCUGUUGUCAGUUUCGUGGUACUAGUCCACACGGGUUUGCGUUGGGAAACAGUAAUAUACAUGAAUUAUAUGUACGUCAUGUUGUAUAACCUUUCUGCCAAGAGUUGCGUUUUCCAUCAACAUCAGAAGUUCAAGAUCCUAGGCAGGAAGUUUCCGUGCGGAAACAACGAACUAUUCUUGUCUUCUUUCAGCAACGUUUAACCCUUCGCCGUUGGAUAUGUUUUAUUGCUUACCUAUGUUACUUAUCUAAUGUUACAUGUAAUCUGAUAGCUUGGACUUUCACCGUUUCUAUUGUAUUAUAUGUAAUCCAUCAGCUCCUUGACAUUGAGUCUAAUUCUUGUCCCCUGUUAUUGCACUUGAUUUAAGGGAAGUUUGCAUUUGCACCAGGUUAAUUUACUAUCUUCUUCAAUGGUAGAAUUUUUUUGAAACCAGCAUUCUUUAAUUGUCUGUGAGUGUAUAGAUUAAUAUCCCAAUUUUUUUAUCAUUACACAUGUCGUUUAUGUGUUUA